AUUGUUGUUGUCUGCGAAAUGAUGCCCCGAGAUUGUGCAAAUCUAUCUCUCAAAUCAUCUUUCAUCUAAAUCUUUCUUUUGGCUUCACUAAGGAGGAUAGCAAGAAGAAUAUGUCUAGAAUUGUCUUAAUCAUCGUUAUAACUCUUCUGACAAUACUUAGUGACGUGCUGUCUUCUGAUAAAUUGGUGAAACGAGCAGAUGAUCUCGUCCCAACUCACGGAGGCCAAAAUGGACAUACGCCGGCCAACAUUCCGUAUACAACCAACGGUGGAUCACCACAAGAUCGUAACCGUCCCACCAGAACGACGAAUCGGCCGCCAGAAUUACCAAGAGAUCACCCGAUACGGCCUCAGCCGCUUCCUCCGGUUCAGUACGAAGAAGAUAAACCGAGUAUGUGGCAACGUCUGACGGGAAAGAAGAGAAAAGCAGCAUUGUCUCAUGAUCACGAAGCCAGUACGAGUGGAACAAAAGAUGAAAGUGGUAAUGAAUCGUCACCGCCGCCAAGUCCUAAACGAGCCAGAGAAAAAAGUGAAAUUGAUAAAUGGAUAGAUGAUAUUCAUGAUCAAAGAAGAAGACGAAGAUAUUCACAAUCAUGGAGACAAAACCAAGCAGAAGAUGAUCUUGUUGCCAAAGGACUUGUCACGGCAGUCGCGGCUGCUGGAUAUGGGGCGGUGAAAACGUAUCAAGCAGGUAAGCGAAUGAUAAGUGAUGUAAAAGACACUUGUGUUGGUGCUUGCCGACGCAUACGUCAACGAAUUCGAAGCGGUGGCAUGGUGUUGAAUGAACGGCCAAGGCAGAGCAUUCAACGUUAUCGACCAGCCAAUACACCACGCAAUGUAGUUUACGACAAUCAAUUGCGAGCACAAGAGAGGCUAGCAGAGAUUAAAAGAAAUCAAAACCAAGGUGUACAUGGCACACGGGGCAAUCUGCAACAACCUAGUACAGCUCAGCAUCACCGCCAUGACGUCAGAGAUGCUGACAGUGAUGUUAAGAAGACCGAAAAAGGCCGGAAACACAUUACUGGUACGAAAAGUCUUGACAAGAAGAGUCCUACCGAGAGCAUGUCACUCAAUCUGACAGGACAAAAUGAUAACCGCGGCACUACUACCGGAACGCAAAGAUCUAGAAGUGCGCCACCGGAUUAUAGACGGUAUCGUAAUAAGAGUCUGACUCGAUCAAAAUCUCUUCCACGGAUGUCAUGAUACCCGUAUCAAUUUGUGUACAUGUAUUUGUGUAUUAUCAUGAACGGCAGCAUGUCUUCCCCACAGCCUCACAAACGGAAGCAACUGAGCUCGUAUGCUACAUAGAAUUCUGUCAGCCCC